AUGGAGAAUGAUUUUACUCCCGGUGCUGAUCCAGAAGAAAUUAAACAUUAUCUUCAUGGUUUAGGUUUAAUACCACUCGAUGAAUAUUAUGUACAAUUAAAGAAGUUAUUAAAACGACAACGGCAUUCAUCAAAAAUGACCAUUGACCAAAUUCAAAGAAAAUUAGCUGAAAAUGGAAUUUUUAAAGAUGAUUUAUCUCGAAAUCCACCUAUAUUACAUCCGCGAAAACGAACUUCCUUUUCUCCAGUUAUCACGCGUAAAAGAGGAAAAGCAAUUAAAAAACGAACACCAUCAGCUACGCAAGUGAUAACUACCACAUCAAUUACAUCAACAAGUACAAUAUCAUCAACAGAUGAAAAAUCAAAUGAAACAGAUACAAUUGAUUAUGAUCAACCAUUAGAUUUACGUUUACGACCGAAUUUAUCAAAUAAAACUUAA